CGCUCUCCGGGCCAGCCACCUCUCUGCCUCUGUCCCGCCAUGUCGUGCCGCUCCUCCCAGCAGGGCUCCAGGUGUGGCAGCCGGAGCUUCAGCUCGUGCUCAGCUGUCCUUCCCCGGAUGGUCACCCACUACGCAGUGAGCCAGGGGCCGUGCCGGCCCGGGGGUGGGGGGGGCCUCCGUGCCCUGGGCUGCCUGGGCUCCCGGAGUCUGUGCAACGUGGGCUUCGGGAGGCCCCGGGUCGCCUCCAGGUGUGGCCUGCCUGGCUUCGGCUACCGCACAGGGGCCGCCUGUGGGCCCUCAGCCUGCAUCGCCCCCGUCACCAUCAACGAGAGCCUGCUGGUCCCGCUCGAGCUGGAGAUCGACCCGGCCGUGCAGAGGGUGAAGAGGGAUGAGAAGGAGCAGAUCAAGUGCCUGAAUAGCCGCUUUGCAUCCUUCAUCAACAAGGUGCGAUUCCUGGAGCAGAAGAACAAGCUGCUGGAGACCAAGUGGAACUUCAUGCAGCAACAGAGGUGCUGCCAGAGCAACAUAGAGCCCAUCUUCGAGAACUACAUCAGCGCCCUGCGGAGGCAGCUGGACUUUGUGGCGGGGGACCGGGCCAGGCUAGAGUCAGAGCUCGGCAGCCUGCAGGACGCGCUGGAAAGCUACAAGAAAAAGUACGAAGAGGAGCUCUCCUUGCGGCCUUGUGCUGAGAACGAGUUUGUCGCCUUGAAGAAGGACGUGGACACAGCCUUCCUGAUAAAGGCUGAUCUGGAGACCAACGUGGAGGCUCUGCUCCAGGAGAUCGACUUCCUGAAAGGCCUGUAUGAGGAGGAGAUCUACCUGCUGCAGUCUCAGAUCUCAGAGACCUCCGUCACCGUGAAGAUGGACAACAGCCGGGAGCUGGAUGUGGACGGCAUCGUGGCCGAGAUCAAGGCCCAGUAUGACGACAUCGCCAGCCGCAGCAAAGCCGAAGCCGAGGCCUGGUACCAGAGCCGGUAUGAGGAGCUGCGGCUGACAGCGGGGACCCACUGUGACAAUCUCCGCAACCGUAAGAACGAGAUCCUGGAAAUGAACAAGCUGAUCCAGCGGCUUCAGCAAGAAACUGAGACCGUGAAAGCCCAGCGCUGCAAGCUGGAGGCCGCGGUGACCCAGGCAGAGCAGCAGGGCGAGGCGGCCCUCAGUGACGCCAAGUGCAAGCUGGCAGGGCUGGAGGAGGCCUUGCAGAAGGCCAAGCAGGACAUGGCCUGCCUGCUCAAGGAGUACCAGGAGGUGAUGAACUCCAAGCUGGGCCUGGACAUCGAGAUCGCCACCUACAGGCGGCUGCUGGAGGGCGAGGAACACAGGCUGUGUGAAGGCAUUGGGCCGGUGAAUAUCUCCGUGAGCAGCUCCAAAGGCGCGGUCCUCUACGAGCCGUGUGUGGUCAACACACCCGUGCUGAGGACCGAAUACUGCCCGGGGGGCACCAGGGUCCUCAAGAGCAGCGGGGGCUGCAGCGUCGUGGGCACCGGUGAACUCUACAUCCCCUGCGAGUCCCAGGGGCUACUGGGCUGUGUGAGCGGGAGGAGUUCAGGCAUGAAGCUGGGGGCUGGGUGCGGCUCCUCCCGCCACAAGUGUUAGCAUUGCCCCAGAAGCUGCAAGCCCAGCGACAGGGCGCUAGCCCCCAGCCUGGAUGUUGUCCACCGAUCAGCUGAAGACAAGGAUAUUCCUAAACCCCUUCCGGUAUUGACCACACGUUUCCCUCCUGUUUUCACACUGGGAGCCGCCCCUCGGGUAUCUUUAAGAGUCACCUUUCACUUGGCUAUGUGCAGACCCUGAGCUAGGCCUUGGGGGUGGACACAUUAAAGUUCUGCUUUGUGGACUAUCCCCUGGAAGACUCCCUACAAAGCCAGUCUCCCACCCCCUACCCCUGGAGGUUCCCCACCUCCCUUACCUCUGGCUCUCACGCACUUAAGAAAAGAGAACUUCUUUUAACCCCCAGCUAACACAUGCACUAUCGCAAUUAUCAAAAAGAGGCACCCCCAAAUCUCCCAUUCUGAAUUCCAAAGCCAAGUGCCACCAUUUCAGGAUCACUCCAGACCUGUCAACGGUUCUCUCUGGUACACAGAAUCAAGAGGGGGUUCUUUAGGGCAGUAGAUUUACCUGCCCGUGUGUGCUAAACUCACACUAUGAAAAUACAUUUUUUUCCUGAACCGCAUCGGCAGCUGAUGGGCGAGGAAAUGUCUAGAACAAGGGCAAGGGAACAAGGAAUACUUACUAGACGGAGAGAGUCAAGACCUCUUGGCUUGACAAGAGUCAAGGACGAGCCCUUCCCCCACCUUCUGUAUAUAGCCCUCCCCUCCCCACCCCAUCUACCUCCAGUCCUGCUCCUUCUCCCCUUAGGUCCUCUUGCUUUGGGUCUGUUAUAAAUGUGUUUUCCUGGCUACGGUGAUGUGGGGCUGCCCAGAAACUUGGAGGCUUUGGCUCAGGGGCCAUCACAAGGGGUUGUGCUGAUCCCCUCUCCCCAGAGGUCCCUAGUGCUGCAUCGGGCAGUAGCGUCACCCAUCUAGGGAGCCACCACCUCUGCCAUGAGCCUCUGGGUUUGUCUGUUCCCAAUAAAUGGACUGUUCACAGG